AUGCAUUACAACAUUUGCCGAUCGAAGUACCAGGGCAAUAUGAGAUCGGUGGUUGUGGUAUUUUUAGUGGCAAUAUAUUUUGCUGUCGCUUAUGCCGAAGAUGAACUACCCUUGGCAGAACCUUGUGACGAGGAUUUAUGCAAAGCUCCCGACUGCAGGUGCUCGAGUCAGGAUAUACCAGGAAAUCUAGAACCUAGAAAUACCCCACAGUUCGUCCUAUUAACAUUCGACGAUGCGAUUACCGAGCUCAACACACAGACCUACCGUUCAAUAAUCUAUAGACGUACGAAUGCAAACAAAUGCCCCAUUGGGGUCACUUUUUUCAUGCACCACGAGUACACAGACUAUAUCAUGGUCAACGAGCUAUACAACCAAGGCUUCGAGAUCGCCCUACACUCCAUCUCGCACAGAAUACCGCAAGACUUCUGGCGAUAUGCCAGUUACGAGGAAUUGAUGCGCGAGAUCGGAGAUCAGAAACAACAAAUUGCGUUUUUCGCAAAUAUUCCAGUUAACACAAUACAUGGAGUCCGCAGUCCAUUUUUGCAAAUGAGUGGAAACAAUACUUUUAAAAUGAUGCAAAGUGCGGGUAUCACGUACGAUUCGUCCUGGCCAACUACUAGAUUCACCGACCCGGGUAUGUGGCCUUAUACCCUGGACUUUGAAUCUACGCAAGAUUGCGUCGUCGGGCCUUGUCCUACCGCAAGUAUUCCCGGACCUUGGGUGAUCCCUAUGAUUACUUGGACGGAUUUAGGGGGAUUUCCCUGCUCUAUGGUCGAUGCCUGUUUCCAUACACCGGAUACCGAAGAAGAAUGGUUCCAGUUCUUUUUCAAGAACUUCCAAAAGCACUACUUCGGCAACCGCGCACCCUUCGGGUUUUACAUCCACGAGGCGUUCAUCAGGCCUAGGCCACAUGUGUGGAGAGCUAUUGAACGGUUUCUUGAUGUCCUCAACAACAUUAAUGACGUAUUUAUGGUGAACGCGAACGAAGUAAUAGAUUGGGUAAAGAAUCCUAUUCCAGUCAACGAAUAUGUUAAGAAGGACUGCAGACGCACCACCCCAGCAGCGUGCCGCCCUACGAUCUGUCCAGGUCUCUUCAGCGCAGACACGGAGAAACGAUACUAUAUGCGAGUCUGCAGCAGGUGCCCUCGAAGUUACCCGUGGGUGAAUAAUCCACUCGGACUGUAAAUCAAUACUUACGAACGACUAUGAAAUACGAA